AGAGUGUAAAAAGACCGCACUUGGAGAUCGUUCAGGAACGGCCGCCAUUACUGAAGUCAGAAACAAGAUCUAAUGAUGGACCCCCGUACCAGUGCCCAGGACGUGAUGCGAUGUGACCUGUGUGAGACCGUUGUGGUACAGAUGCACUGUGAUACAUGUCUUGUCAACCUGUGUAAGGCGUGUGUGGGAGAACACAUCUCAACGGAUGAAUCCAAGGACCACAAAGUUGUCAAAUUUCAGUCCAGGAAAUCUACACCCCUCUACCCUGGAUGUACACCUCAUGAUAAACAACAAUGUAUCAUGUACUGUAAACAAUGUGACAUUCCUGUCUGCAUAAGUUGCAUUGAAUCAAAUGAACAUUUAGGUCAUGAAUUAUCUAAAAUCUUAAAAGUUGUGGAUGAAAAGAAGGACUUGAUUAUAAAAGAAAGAAAUAAAUUAAAUGAUACAAUUUACCCAACCUACCAGGACAUUGCCUCUGAUGUACAGAACAGAAUGAGUCAGUUAGAAAAGGAAUAUGGAGAUCUCUCAACAGCCAUAACAAAACAUGGAGAGGACUGGCACAGAGAAAUUGACAAACUUGUCAAGAAACUUAAAGCUGAAGUUGAUGAGAUGAAAAACACACAGUUACAAACUCUACAGAAACAUCUGGAUGAAAUAAACAAGACAAUUUCUGACAUCAAGGGAGAAAUUGAUACAAUUGACAUGGUUACAGACACCAAUGACUUGUCAAAACUGUUUUGUGUCACAUCCAGUGUACAUAUACAUGAGCAUGUGUAUAGAAAUCUUCCACACCAAAUAAUGCCAUCUUUACCCAAAUUCAUGCCCAAAAAAUACACGAAGAAGAACUUCUCAAACUAUUUGGAGUCUUAUCAUCAAGUUCUUUAACAUCAGAUAAACAUGGCUACAGCAUGAAGACAACACAGAAAUCACCAGAAGCUGGAUCCUCUCCUUCAGUUAAACAGCUGGUUGAUGAACCAGAGACUGUCACCACCAUAGACACUGGGUAUGAAAACCUUUACGAAGUCGCCUGUCUGAGUGAUGAAGAAAUCUGGACAAGUGGCGAUGACAACACCGUGAAACUCUUCAGCAUCAAUCAGGGAUCACUACUCAAGUCAAUCAAAACCAAGUCUGGGAACAUGCCAUGGGACAUAGCUGUGACAACAAGUGGAGAUCUAGUUUAUACUGAUAACAGUGAUAGAACUGUGAACAUAGUGAAGAAUGAGGAGAUAGAGGAGGUUAUCAGACUACAGAACUGGAUACCUCGAGGUAUCUGUAGUACCUCCUCUGGUGACCUCCUGGUUAUCAUGAUUAGUGAUGACAAACAAACAAAAGUUGUCCGUUACUCUGGCUCCAUCGAGAAACAAACCAAUCAGUUUGAUGAUAAAGGUAAACUUCUCUAUUCAUCUAGUCGUUAUAACACAUACUACAUAACUGAGAACAGGAACCUGGAUAUCUGUGUGUCUGAUGAGGGACCAAAAGCAGUAGUGGUGGUCAAUCAGGCCGGGAAAUUGAGAUUCAGGUACACUGGAAAUACUCCUGCUCCAAGGAACAAACGAUUCUAUCCAGGAGGAAUCACCACAGACAGUCAGAGUCACAUCCUUACAGCUGAUAUUGACAAUGACUGUGUCCACGUCAUAGACCAGGAUGGACAGUUCCUCCGUUACAUAGACUGUGGGCUUAGUGAACCCCAUGGACUGUGCAUAGAUACCAAUGACAAUCUGUUUGUUGCUCAAAAUGGAAACAAACAAGUGAAGAAAGUCAAAUAUCUGCAGUGAGAUGUAUAAUUAUGCCGUUUUUAUGUAUAAGUUAUAACUAAAGCGUUAUAAGAUAUGACUGAUGUAAGAAAGAUAGUCUUAUAAUUAAUUUAAAAUGAAGGUUUCUGUCAUGGAAAAAAUAUGCAGUAAAUUGAGAGUGACAUCCUAAUCAUAAACAAUGAACACAUGGCAUAAUCAUAUAAUGGUGUGAACCCAAAAUAUUUUUUCAAUAAAAACAGCAGAUCUGUGAGUGUUUGUAGCAUAAAAGAUAAUAGUUAGAAUAAUCUAACUGUGUCUGUACAAGCCUGCACCACAGUUAGAAUACGUCCC